AUGGAGUGGGAAGCGCCAACAAAGGUAACCGAAUUACGAUCCUUCUUAGGGCUGGUCAACUGUUAUCGCCGAUUCAUACAGGGCUAUUCAUCAAGGGCAGCACCUCUCACUAACCUGCUUAAGAAGGGUAAGCCGUGGGUAUGGUCCGACGAGUGCCAACGAGCCUUUGACGACCUCAAGGUCGCAAUGAGCCAGGAACCUGUCUUAGCAUUACCUGACUUCACCAAACCCUUCGAGGUUCACACAGAUGCCUCUGACUUUGCUAUUAGGGGAGUACUAAUGCAAGAGCGACACCCUAUAGCGUUCGACAGCCGAAAGAUGAAUGAUACCGAGCGACACUACACGGUGCAAGAGAAGGAGAUGACAACCAUCAUCCACUGCUUGAGGCUGAAAGCUGAACUUGCCGCCAUCAGCAAAGCUGACAGGGAUGUGCUCUCCCGUAUCCGAGAAGGACUCGAACGGGACCCCGUAACCAAGGCUCUAAUGGGCCUUGCUAAGGAAGGGAAAACCCAACGCUUUUCGGUAGAGGACGGUCUUCUCUACACAAAAAGGCGACGUUUGUACGUGCCAAAGUGGGACGGCAUAAGGCGAGACCUCUUGAAGGAAUGCCAUGACACUAAGUGGGCCGGUCACCCGGGCCAACGGAGAACAGUGGCAUUGCUCGAGUCCAUCUAUUUUUGGCCACAACUCAAGGACGAUGUGAAGACAUAUGUCAGAACUUGUCUUGUUUGCCAACAAGAUAAGAUCGAGAACAAGCGCCUGGCGGGACUUCUAGAGCCACUACCUAUACCCGUAGGACCGUGGGACUCUAUCACAUUGAACUUUAUUAGCGCGUUGCCACAGUCUGAGGGAUACGGAUUGAUCAUGGUCGUCAUAGACUGA